AUGAAAUAAGAGGAUCUUAACUAUUUGACUUAUGGAUCUGUUAUUUCAAUAUCACAUGUAUAGGAUGAUCACUCUUUCAUAACAACAGAUGGUUUUGCCAAGCGAGCAGUUUUUUUAAAGAACUUUGUACUAAUAUAGCAUUUAUAUAAAUAAGCAUCAUAUAGAUGUCGUUGACACAAAAUAGUUAGGGAAAAUGAAAAGUCGACCAUAUUAUAACACAUUAUUUUAGAUAUUUCCAAAAUUUACAAAUAAUACCAAAUAGGAAAUUUUAAAGGAACUAAUUGGAGAAGAAUAAGAAGAGGAAAGUUUACCAGCUAUUCAAAAUAUUUUAGAAAGCAUUUAAAAAUAAUAGAAAGUAGAUGAAAAGACAAUGAUAUCGAAGGAUUAAAUAUAGAGUUUCUCUCAGAAGUUAUUAUAAGAGUUUAAAUAUAAUCUUGACACAUUUGAAAAAGUAUUCAUAUUUCUAAUGAAUUUAGUCGAAAGCGCAUAAGGUUUCAUAUAAAUCUCAUAUUUAAUUGUUGCAUUUAGCAUCAUCAAAAUUUUUAGCUUGUCAUUAAAAAGAGGCUAGAGUAGAAAGUUCAAAUUACAAAAUAACUUUGGAUGAAUUACCUAGUGAUUCAUCAUUAUUUAAAAUUUUACCAGCAUAUAAAUAUUAGAAAGAAGGAGAAUAAGUAAUUUAUGCAAGUGAUAUUGUAUAUAUUGUAAGAGCAACAUCUUUUAUGAAUAAAUUGACAUUUUUACAUGCUUCUCAAGAGAUGGGUAAUUAUGGCAAGAGUUAAAGAAAAAAGAAAAGUGAUGAAGAUCUAAUGGCCUAUAAAAAUGAUAAGGAUAUUAUAAAAAGAGAAGUAAAUGCUGCAUUAGAUGAAGAGAAUUAAACUUAAUGGAGAAUUUCAGUAUAUUCUGAUUAUGUUCCUGAAACAUCAGGAUUUUUAAAAUGUGGUGAUGUAAUUUGGUUGCAUCAUUCUGAAACUAAUACAACUGUAGCUGCUACUAGAAAAGGUAAACCUGUUGAUUAAAAGAAUUUUUAAUCAUUUAAUUUAGUUGAAUGGUUAAAAGUUGAAAAUGUCGAGUUGAAUGUAUUGAAUGGUUCAACUAAAGAAAGUUAUGAUGAAUAUACAGGAGAUACUCAUUCUAUGUGGAUUAUUGAAUCUGAAAUUUAUAAAGAAGGAGGAAUUGUAGUAUUUGAUAAAAAAUAUAGAUUUAAACAUUUCACAUCUGGAUUAUAUUUAUCAGGAACCAAAGAUAAAUUUACAUUAGAUAAAUAAAGAAUUCCUUAAACAUUAUUUUAUUUUAGUUAAUUAAGAAAUUCUAAAGUCAAAGAAAAAUAUGUCAAAAGAGGUAAUUAUGUUUAUAUUUGUCAUGAUAAAUAUGUACCUUCUGGUACUAACAAUAAUGAAGAUAAUAGUUUUUGGGUUGAUAUUCAAUAUGGAAAAAAUUAAAGAUUAUAUCCAAUUCUUCAUCAAGAAUUACAUAAAACUGAUCAAAGUGUUUUUAAACUCUAUGCUAGUAGUAGUAAUGAUGUUUGGGAGAUUUCAUUUGUAUUAAGUUGUGCUAAGACACUUACAAAUUAUCUUGAUGAUAUUUAAAGAUUAAAAUGGGAAAAUGAUGUUUAGGAUAAAGAAAUUCUUAAAGAUCAUUUAUUAAAAAUUUAAACAACAAAAUAAUGCAUAGAAGAUAUAAAUAAUUUUUGUAAUAAUAGAUUAAUAAAUUCAACUCCUGAAUAAAAAUAUGGAACUAUCAAUCCAUUCAGAUAAAAAUUAUUAAAGGAAUAAUAUUAUAUUGAUUUAUUAAUAAAAAUACUAGUUUAACAAUUAAAGCCUGAUGAUUUAAUAGUUUGGAGUAGAAGAUUUAUGAUUAUUUAAAUGCAAGAUAUAUAAUAAUAAUAAGAAAAAAUGAGUAAUACAGAAUAAACAAAUAAAAAAUAAGGAUUAAAAGAUCAUGAAGUUUUGGCUUAUAUUGCUUAUAAAAUAAAUAUGAAUCAAUCUAUUUAUACACUUUUAACUUCUAUUUGUAAAUAAAAUCCAGAAAAUGAGAAUUACACUUUUGAUUUAAUUGGACAUUUUUUAGAACAUUGUAGAUAUAUACCUGAAGCAAUUAAAUGUAUGAUCUCAAUAAUAGGAAAUAAUUAAGAAUUGCUUAAUUUGUUAUCAGCAAAUAUGAAAAUUGAAUAUAAUCCAAAAGAGUAAUAAUUGUUUGAGCCUGAUGAAGAAAAAUUGUAGUUGCAUAAUAAUAAAAUAUAAAACAAUUUUCUAAUUUUUUUCUUAAAUUUAUUAGAAACAGAAGAAUAAGCACAUAAGGCAGAUUUUUUAACAUUCUUAAGAGAAAUGUGUAUAUACAAUAGUUAAGGAAUUAAUUAAAAUUAAGAAGCCAUUUAUAAAUUAUUAAAGAAGCAUAAUCAUAAAAAGAUUUAAUUGAUUAAAGAUAAAGAGGAUCCAGAUAAAAUAUCAUUAAAAGAUGGAAAACUAAUGAUUCCAUUUAAAUUAUAAAAUGAUCCUAAAGAAAUGUAUUUUAUAAAUGAAUAAUUGUAAUUUUAUGCUGAUGUAUCAUAUGGAAGAAAUCAUUUAUGGAAAUAAGAAUUAGAAUAGUAUUUUAGUAAAGAUUUUCUAUUUUAAAAUAUUUGGUAGGAUGAUGGGAAUAAAACAUAUGCAGUACUUUAAGCAGCAUUAUGUAAGAUUGCAAUGAGUCUUUAUAUUGAUCAUGAUCCACUAAAUAGAGUCUAAUUACCUAAAUAUUGUAAUCUCUAUAAGAGUAUUGAUAAACCAAUAGAAGCUCAUUAAGUGAAUGUUUAUACAUCUUUAAUUGAAGAUUUAUUUAAAUAUUUAUAGGAAAAUAAAUAAUAGAUAGUUGAAACGCUUGAUCCAAAAGAUAGUGGAGACAAUAAUAAAGAUUAUGAUGCAUUGGAUGGAAAUGAUGAAAAGAGUUUAUUGAUAAAUGAAUUAUUAUACAAUUCUUGUUAAAUGAUGUAAUUGGUUUUAGAAUUAGAUGUAUUUACAUUUUUAGAUAAAGAAUCAAAUUUUUAUUAUAAGUAGAUAAUAGAUAUUGUUAUUCAUUACUUCUUUUAUGAUUUUAAUUAAUUAUCAUUAAUGAGAAGUGUAUACAAAGUUCAAAAAUAAGAAAUAACUUAAAGAAAAUAAAGGAAGGAAGUAAAUCCUUUAGGAAUAGGUUUAAAUUUAGGAGCUAAUUUAAUAAGUAUGGCAAAUCCAAUGAAUUUAAAUUUGAAUAUAUUUGGAUCAGAUGAAGAAUAAAAAUCAGAAUCUGAAGAGGAAGAAUAGGUUGAUGAAGGUAUUGUAGAUGAUGUUUAGAUGUAUACUAAUCCUUUGAUGAGAGGAUUUAUUAAAUUAGAAAAUGAACUUUAGAGUUCACUAAAAACAAGAGAAGAAACUGGAUCAAGUUCUUUGGAAAUUAAAAUUAAAUUGACUUUAUGUGAUAUAAUGGAUAGAUUUUUAGAUAUGAGAUAAAAUUAUUUAAUGUUAAAUAGUUUAGCUUUUUUUAAAAAAUAAAUUAUUGAUAAAAUCUAAGAAGCCAUUCAAUAAAUAAAAUUACCAAAAGAAAAAGAAGAAUUAUUGGCUGGAUUAACAGAGGAAGAUUUCAAAUUUUAAAAGAUUUAAUUAUUUGUUUAAAGAAAGACAGAUUCAAAUUUAUUAGGAUUAUUACCAAAUAUAGCUAAAACAGGUUUAAAAGAUGUAGAUGAAAAAGAAGAGAAAUAAGAUGCAUUUGGAAUUGGAGCAUUAAAUUUCUUAAAUAAAUUAGCUGAAACUAAACCAGAAUCUGAAGAGUUUAAAGUAUUUACAUAGAAUUAGAUGUUAAUAUAUGAUUUAGAUUAAUACUUUUCAUUAAAUUUACCUUAGGAAGAUAUAAGUAAAAUAUCAAAUCCGAUUGGAGUUGUGUUACCUUUUUUAUUAAUAAACUUUUCGUAAAUUCAUGAAGAAGAAUUAGAAAAAAGAUGUUUGGCAAUAAUUAUGAGAUUAUUUAAUUAUAGAGAGGAACUUUGUAAUAAUUUAUUAAAGUUAUAACUUGUAAGUGAUCCAGCAAAAAGUAGGUUAUAUGAAUUUCUAAGUGAUAAAGUCUUAAGAUUAAAUCAAUUAAUUGAUAGAUCUGAAGUAUGGUUAGCUGAAUAUCUCAAAAAUAUUAAAAAGAAUGAUUUAGAGGAAACUUUAGAUAUUAUAGAUAAUUUUAGAUAAGGAUUUUUCAAGGAUACUUAAAUAUCCUCAAAAAUAAUAUCAGGAACUUAAGAGAUAGAUUAAGAGAAAUAAAAUUUAAUGAAUGCUUUAAAAAUUUAUGUUCCUAUUUUGAAUUUGAUUCGAGAUUAAUUAUAAUCAUUGGAUUUUCAUCUUGAUAAUUUAAAAGAUAUCUAAAGAAAACAAAGACUAGCUUAAUUAUUUAUUUAUGCAUUUUAAUUUUUAACUAAUUUCUGUAAAAAUAAUCAUGAAAAUUAAAUAUUGUUAUCAUAAUAUAUCAAUUAUUUUGAAAAUAUGCAUUUAGAAGUAGGAUAAAUUCCUUUGAUUUGUGAAAUAUAUAAAGAUAACCAAAAACUUUUGACAUCAAUAAAUAGAAAUGAUAGAGUUUUUCAUAGAUUUGUAGAAUUAAUUUAUUAAAGUGGAAGAAAAGCAUAGUUCUUAGACUUUUUUUUAACAAUUAUAAAAUAAGGAAAUAAAUAUAUAUUUGAUAAUUAAUUACUUGUAUUAAAUACAUUUUUAGAAAAAGAAGAAUUGUUAUUUACAGAGAAGAAUGAAUUUAUAUUUGAUGGGGAUAUAUAAUUAUAACAUUCAGAUUUACUAUCAGAUUUAGGAUCUAGUCCUCCUAUGAAUUAACCAUUUCUUUAUCAUUCAAAGUUACUAGAUUUAUUAUUAUAAUGUACUUAGAUACAAGUUAUUGAAGGUGAUUAAAAGGAUAAUUUUACAAUAAAUAUUGCUAAAUUAAAAAAGAAAUUUACUGUUUAAUAUAUUAUGUAAUUAUUAUGUAAAACAGAUUCUUUUACAAAUAGAAAUCCAUCUAUGUAAGAGUAAGGAUUUGGAUUAAUAAAAAAAUAAUUAUGGAUAUUUUUUAUGCAUGUACAUAUUAUAAGUGAGAAAAGUCAUAAUGUUGGAAAAGAGAUUCAAAAUGAUAUACUUAAAGUUAUAGAAUUUGAAAUGAAAAGAUUAGAACAUAUUACAUUUGAAAGCUUUUUAGUGAGAUAUUUUGAUUUUUUAAUAGAUGCUAUUUUACCAUUAUUUACAAAUUAUUUAAUUAAAAAACAAUAAUUGAUUCAUUAGGAUGAUGAUGAUGAUGGAAAUGAUUAAGAAUAAAAAGAUAUUGCUGCUUUAUAACAAUUUGCUAAAAUUCUAUCAUCUAAAAUAUUAAAUUUUGGAAAGUAUAUAACAAGAAAAAAGCAUGUUGUUAGUUUGAUUGAAUUUUAUAAAUAUUUUCCAUUAACAAAUAUGGGAAAAUGUUGUUCAUCUGCAUCUGUUUAAAGUUAAUAAAAAUAGAUAGAAGAUUUAGGAGAAUUUAAUAGUUUAAGAGAUAUGUUAUCAAAUAUAUAAGCUGGAGCUAAUGAUAUUUAUUAAACAGAUCCUAAUGAAUAAAUGAUUUAAGAAUAAAAUGGAAUUUAAUAAAAUGCUGGAGAUAUUCAUGCACCUAAAACAAUAUUUUAAAGCAAUGCUGUUAAAUCAAAGAUAGGAAUAAUGUCAGCACUUUCUUCUAAUAAAAAAUAAAAAGAAGAAUCUAUAAUUGAAGUUGAAGUUGAAUAAGGGGAAAUAGAAAAAAUAUCUUUUGCUUGGGAAGAGUUUGUUAAUCAUUUAUGUUUAAGUGAAAAAAGUAAAACUCAUAUUUAAGAAGAAAUUCAAAAGUUAUCAGAAGCAAUUGUUAAAUUUGAAUAGUAUUUUGGGAAUCCAAGUGAUAAAAAUGAUAAGAAUGAAAAAAUAUUAAAAGUUGAAUAAACUUUAUUAUUAAAGAAAUUGAUUAAGUUUUUAAGUUAUGCAAUUAAUAAUAACUAAAAUAAUAAAUCAAUUAUUACACUUUUAGGAGUUUUAAGAAAAGUUAUUGAAGGAAAACCAAAAGAAGAAAAUAAAGAAGAAGUUAAAGCUGAGGAUGAAAAUGAUGAAAUGGAAGAAAUGCAAACUUUAUUUAAUAAAUUAGGAGCAACUAGAAUGGUAUUAACUGUUUUAAGUGAAUCAAUCAAUCUUGAUAGUGAAAUGUUAAGGAAUUUCUUGAUGUUUAUUAAUACUCUAUUAUCAGGGGGUAAUAAUAAAGUUUAAAGAACUAUUUUUGAAUUUAUGAAAACAUAUCCAAAAAGUGAGGUUAUAUUUAAUAGAUUAAAUAAUGUAAUUUAAGCUUAAAUAAAAUAAAUUACCAUGAAGGCUAAAGAUAAAAAGGCUGAAGAGCAAUAAUAAAUGAAUCCAGUUUAAUAAUCAGAAGAUAAUAAUAUAUAAGAAUUAAAAUAGUAAUAAGAAUUAGAAUUAUUAUUAACACAAGUUCUAAGAUUUUUAUAGAAUUGUUGUGAAGGUCAUUAUUUAGAUUUAUAGAAUUAUAUUCGUUUACAAACAAACUCAAGAAAUUCAUAUAAUAUGAUUAAUUAAGUAGCUGAAUUACUAUUAACAUAUUAUUAUAAAGAUAAAGCAUAAUAUGAAAAUAUGGUAUUAUGUUUAGAUACAUUAAAUGAAUUAGUCUAAGGUCCUUGUCCUGAAAAUUAAAUAGCAGUUGCAGAUUCUAAAUUCUUUGAAAUAGCUUCAGAUCUAUUUGGAUCAAGAAAAGAUAAGGAUGCAGCAAAUAAAGCUUAAACUAUGGCAUCUAACAUAAAAACUUCAAAAACAUAAAGUAGUAAAAUGAUGACUUUUAAAACUUCAAGAUAUUAAAAAUAAUAAAAGGGAUCAGAAUUAAAAGUUUGGUAAAUUGAAAGAAUGCAAACAAAAUGUUUAAUUUUAAUAUUAUCUUUGAUUGAAAUGAGAGAAAUAUCAGAUUCAAAUCCAAUUAUUAAAAGAAUUAUGAGACAUUUAACACCAAGUUUAUUAUAAAAACAUAUGGUCAAAUGUUUUGAUAAAUAUGAAAAAUAAUGUAAAGAAGGUUAUUAAAUAGAGGUUUUAGAUAGAAUAAAAGAAGAUCCAGAAUCUGUUAAAUAAGAUGAAAAGGCAAAGGAAGAAAAAUAUUAUGAAUUAAUUUUAUAAAAAGGUUUUUAUAUCUACUUUUUAAUGAGUUAUUACAUGCAAUCAGAGAGGAAUGUUGAAAAUUAAUUUGUUUAGAUGUAUAGAGCUAAUACAAGAAAAAAGUUAAAAUAAGAUAAAGGAACAUUAGAAGAUCUAUUAUUUGGAGAUAAUAUUGUAGGAUAAUUAGUCAGUUUUGUAAUGUCAUUUGUAAAUAGUUGGAUUGAUUUAAUGAAUUAAAUUAAAAAAGAAGCUUAAAAAUAGAUGGCUGGUUAAAAUUUGACAUAAGAAUAAUUAGAUAAAUAAGAAAGAGAAAAAAAAGCUGAAAAAAUUAAAUUAGUAAAGAAAGCUUUUGAUUUUUUUUAUAAAAAUAGUGCUUCUAUUGAAGUAAUUAGAAAUAAUGAAAUUGAAAUUGUUUAUUUUAUACUCUUACCUUAUACACAUAAUUUGCCUAAAGAAUAAAAAUAGGAAUUUCAUGAAAAUGUAGAUAGAUCAUCUACAAAAUCAAAAGUUUAAUUUUUAGUUUAAGAAUCAGAAAGAUUAAUAGAAAUAUGUGAACAUGAAGAAUAAUUAAGAAGAAUUUUUUAAAGAUAAAAGUUUUUAGCUCUAUUUGCUAAUUAUGUGAAAUUAUGGAAAGAUUUGGCAUUCUUAUUUACAUUAUUGUUAAAUCUAUUUAUCAUAGGAUCAUUUGCUUAAAAUGAAGAAGGAAAUAGAAUAACUGAUUUUAGAUUAUUUAGAGAUGAAUAAUAUUCACCACAAUAAACAAGAAAUAUUUUCUUGAUUUGUGGUACAAUUAUGGCUUGUUGUUCUAUAUUUGUUGUAGCUUUUUUUUUAUUUAAGAAUGCUCCUUUAAUAAUUAAAAAGGCUUGGAAAACAAAAUUACCUUUUGAAGAUAAGUUUACAUAUUGGCCAAUUUAAUUGAUCUAUAAAUUAUUUAAAUUAUUGGCAGUACUAUUUUACAUUCUCAAAGAAAUAGAAGUUGUAUAUUAUUUAGCCUAUGGAACAUUAGCUGUUAUAGGAACAGUAUUGCAUCCUUUUUUCUUUAGUUUUCACUUAACAGAGAUUUUGAUCCGUUAUCCAACAUUAAAGAAUGUUAUUAGAUCUGUAUGGGAACCUAAAUAAUAAUUAGCACUAACAUUAGUUCUAUUUAUAAUUCUUGUAUACGUAUAUGGACUUAUAGCAUAUACAUUCUUUUUCGAAGAUUAUAAAGGAAAAUGUUAAUCUACAUUAUUUUGUUUUUUAUUUACAUUUGAUUGGACAUUUAAAGCUAAUGGUGGAGUAGGAGGAUACCUAUCAGAUUUAGAAGAUGAAAAUGUUGUAGAUAAAUAUCGUGUUGGUAGAUUUGUAUUUGAUAACACUUCAAAUAUUUUCUUAGUUAUUAUUAUGGUUAAUAUUGUGGCAGGAAUUAUUAUUGAUACUUUUGGAUCUUUAAGAGAAGAAGAAAGUGAUAAGGUUAGAGAUAUUGAGGAUAAAUGUUUUAUUUGUGGAAAUUUAAAAACUAUUUUUGAUAGAUUAUCAGACUCAUCAUCUAUGGGAGGUGGCUUUGAUCAUCAUAUAAAAGUUAAUCAUUAUAUGUGGAAUUAUGUUUUUUUUAUGGCAUAUCUCAAAUAUAAAGAUCCAACUGAUUAUACUGGAAUAGAGUAGUUUGUAUGGGAAAAAAUAUAAAGAAAAGAUUUAACUUGGUUUCCAUUUAAUAAAGCUAGAGAAUUAUAAGACCUUAAAUAAGAUGAAGAAGAAGAAUCUAAAAAAAUAGAACGCAUUUCUACUGAUGUAUUAUUUAUUUAUAUUUUUAAGAUGGGUAAUAUAAUGGAUUAAAUGAGAUAAGCUAGUUAAAUGUUGAAUUCCAUCAAAAAUAGAAAAUAAUUAACAAAUGCUUCUAAAUAACAUGCUGAUUAGUUAUGA